AUGCCGCAGCAGAAACCACAAGACGAAGAACAAUGCGUUGCCGUCGCCAAUGGAGACUCUUCAGCGCCGCGACCUGUAACGCCCUACCGCGACUCACCGCCCGACUCCGACUCCGACUCCGACUCCGACUCCGACUCCGACUCCGACUCCGACUCCGACUCCGACUCCGACUCCGACUCCGACUCCGACGAUGCGCCGCUACGUCCACGCAGCGAGUUCCAUGGCUUGGGCAGAACAGCACAGCCGACAUGGCAGGACCAGAUCUCAGGUCGCGUUCCCUUACGACUGAAGCAUGUCUGGCGAGCGACAGUGACCUGGGUGAAAGGCCCCAAUCCCCCACGAAUCUACAAGAUCACACCCAUCUUCCCCCGAAUCCAACACGCGCCCAUCGAGCUUCUGGGCCGCUACGCGCCGAAACGAAUACAGCGGUUUUGGCUGCUCAUAGCGCUGUAUGCCUGCUGGCUCUUCGUCUUCUCCCUCAUGCUCUGGCGCUCUGCCUUCGCCGCUGAAGUCCCUGGCUAUGGGACACCUGCAAGACUGAGCUGCGGCGCGAGGUACUGGGGCGAUAAGAAUGGAUGUGGCUUGAAUGGAGAUCAGUGUCGCCCCUUCGCGAAUGACACUCUGGCAUUUAGGUGUCCGGCUGAUUGUCAUAAGAUUCAGAUGUUGAAUCCGCAUGCUGUGGGUCAUCAGGAGGUCGUGUACAAGCCCUUGGUCGUGGGAGGGCCGUCAGAUCAAGACACGGGCUAUGAGGGGCUUGUUGAGAAUGCGGUGUAUCGAGGUGAUAGCUUCAUUUGUGCGAGUGCCGUGCAUUCGGGCUUCAUUCCGGAUAGUGAGGGUGGGUGUGGUGUGCUUACCCUAACGGGAGAGCAGGGGCCGUUUGGGAGCAGUAAAAGGCAUGGGAUUGAGAGUACCGGGUUCGACAGCUACUUCCCGCUGUCGAUUGGGUUCUUGAAGGGCACGCGAGCGCAGUGCAAGGAUCUGCGAUGGCCUACGUUGGUGCCUUUAGUCAUCUUCACCGUACUGCUGAGCUUGUCCACCACGGAUCCUGGCGUCCACUUCUGGUCGCUGUUCGUUGCGUUGUUCUUCCAUGUAGCGCUUGUCUCGGAUCCGCCAGCCAACACGACCUACUAUGGACUGAUCAGUAUUGCUUUUGGACGCUUCUUACCCGCUUGCUUCUGUGCUUGGGUUACAUACAAGUACACGGUGAAGCGAUCGUUGACUGGCCUUACUGCACAGAUUGAGAAGACCGUCCUCUGGCUAGGCGCUGCUUGGGUCGGCAGUCUGAACAACUACACUUUCGAUCGAAUACCGAUCCAGCGUCUGACUCCUCACGACCUCAAAGCACAGCCUGGCGCUGUGCCUGCUCUUAUCAUCGUCGUGCUGGCUAUCUUCUGCAUUGCACUGGGGCAAGCUUGGGCAUUCCGAGUCGAAGGCCGAAUGCCGCGAUACUUGGUCAUCUACGGUUUAUUCGUAAUUGCACUCAUAAUAUGCCUCAUCGUACCCGGACUGGAUUUGCGAAUACACCAUUACAUCCUCGGGCUCCUCCUCGUCCCAGGAACCUCCUUCCAGAACCGACCAAGCUUGGUGUACCAGGGCCUUCUAAUUGGCCUCUUCAUCAAUGGCGUCGCCCGCUGGGGAUUUGCAAGCAUUUUAGAGACCCCUGCAAGUCUCCUCAAAGGAACACAAGAAGGCACAUUACUACCCCUAGUCUCCGUUCUAGCCAUCGGCGCGAAGAACAUCACCUUCAACCUUGGCACGCUACCCGCCUUCGACAGCAAAGCCAAAGUCGCAUACGACGGCAUCUCAGUCCUCGUCAACGACGUCGAACGAUUCCGCGGCUAUGGCGAUGAUCCUUCUUACGGGGAUAGCGAUAGUGAUUGGCAGCCAGGGCAGAACUUGACGUGGACGUGGACGAGACAUGAGCCUAGGACUGGAUCGUCUGAAUCGGAUGAAGCCACGACACAGCAAGAUGUGGAUAAGCUGGCGACACCGCUUCCGGAAUAUUUUCGCUUUGGAUACAUGUCUGGCAGCCGGUCUGGGGACUAUAGUAAAGCUGGGAGGUGGGAUGGUGAGGGGAAUUGGAUACCGAUGGCCUCGGGGCCGAGUUUGACGGGGCAUGAUGAGAUGUGA